CUCAGUGCUGUGAAAAUCCACCGAUGCUAAGCUCCAGCAGCGGAGGAGGCCGCUGCCGUGGCGGAAAUCGGAGGACUCAAAGCAUACAUUAUUGGCCCUUCUGAUUCCAAGCGUGCCAUUCUUCUCAUUUCUGAUAUCUAUGAUUAUGAAGCACCAAAUUCGAGGAGUUAGAGAGUUGCUGUAUGGGUUUGUAAGAUUAAUGUGAGGAAUUUUACCCUGUUACUUUAAUAAAGGAAGGUUGCUGUCAAAGUUGCGUCCAAAAUGGAUUCUACGUUGUGGUUCCCGAUUUCUUUUAUGAAGAUCCUCAUGCACCUGAAAGUGCAGACAGGCCCCUGCCAGUCUGGAUAAAGUCUCAUGGAACGGAUAGAGGAUUUGAAGAUGCAAAACCAGUAAUUGUUGCUUUAAGAAGCAAAGGCAUACAUGCAAUUGGUGCUUCAGGAUUUUGCUGGGGUGGUAAGGUUUCAACAUUUUUCUUUUUAUACAAAAUCCGAGUACAUUCAGGCUGCUGUGCUUUUGCAUCCUUCCUUUGUUACUGUGGAUGAUAUUAAGGAGAUUAAGGCACCAAUAGCAGUUUUGGGAGCUGAGAUGGAUAGACAAGAUUUCUACACCUGAACUUCUCAAACGGUUUGAAGAGGUUUUUUUUUUUUUUUUAAAUAGGCGAUGGAACAGUUGAGGUUUGAUACACUAGGCCUGAGGUGAGAAUUUCUGAACUUCAGAAAACCAUGCUUUGAUAGUGGCUACUGCUUUUAUUCCUUAUCGAUGGAACGUUAACUGAUUAACCUAAAAUUAAAAAUCACAGUCAGUAUCGGUUGAUGAAGUUGUUCCAACUAUUUAAAUUAGGAGCAUUUACAAUGGGGAACAAUCAAAAAGCCUCCUUUAGUGUCACAUCAUCACAAUUAAUAUUAUCUUAUAUAAACUCAUAUUUUUAUGUAUUUAAUUCUUAAAUGGAACACCUAACAAAACACACACCAACUUUGGCUGCAAUGCCCAUUCCUUCUUUCAAGGCAACUUUUAGCCACUUUCAGUGUUAAUAAAUAAAAAGAGAACAUAUUCUGUGCAGAGAACAAGCUCUUCUUGAGAACAUAACGCCAAUGGAUAAGAAUUCUAUCUCUGUUCUAUUUUGAAAAAAAGAACACUAAACAGAACAUGCUCUAAUAAGUGGGGCUAAUACUUGACAAGAUAAAAGGUUAUGCAAAGAUAUUCCCUGGAGUAGCACAUGGAUGGACAGUGAGAUAAAAAACUGAAGGUGAGAAGGCACUUAAGCAUGCUGAAGAAGCCCAUCAAAACAUGUUGGACUGGUUCAUCGAGCGUGUCAAGUGAAGAAAAGAUCUUCCAUCUACCCGGGAAAUAAAUGAGAAGUAAAUAA